AUGCGCGCGUCGUCCGUCUCGCGCGCGUCCUCGACGUCGCGCUGGCGUCUUCGUCGUCCUCACGCGCCUCGGCAUCGCGCGUCGGUGCGAGCCGCGUCGUCGACGAGCGCCGAGAGCUCUCGACCGCAAUCGCAUUCGAGCACGAGACGAGAGAUCACGUUCGUUCGACACGGACAAUCGACCUGGAACGCGGUGGGGCGAAUACAAGGAUCGAGUAAUUUCAGCUUUCUCACGGACAAGGGAGAGAGCCAGGCGGAGAUCACGCGCGGGAUCGUGGCAGAGGAGGAGUACGACGCGUGCCUGGCGUCACCGCUCAGACGAGCGAGACAAACCGCGGACGUGGUGUGGGGGAGACGGGACGCGAGCGCGAUCAGGGAAGAUAGGGAUCUCCGAGAGAUCGAUAUGUAUGCGUUCGAAGGUUUGUUCAAGGACGAGGGUAAGGCGAAGUUUGGAGACGCGUACGAUACGUGGAAAAAGUCACCCCAUGAACUCGUCAUCGAGGGACACCACCCGGUGCGAGAGCUCUGGGAUCGAGCAACGUCAGUGUGGGAGCGAUCGCUCUCUGGAAGCGGUGGAGAACAAAAGAUACUCGUCGUGGCGCACAACGCGAUGAAUCAGGCACUGAUAGGAAGCGCCCUGGGAUUGGGACCAAACUACUUUCGACGUUUGUUACAGAGCAACUGCGCUGUGAGCAAGGUUGUGCUGGAUGAAAAUUUCGCGCCCAACACGGGGAAAGGGAUCGUUUUGGAGUACUUAAACCAAACGCCUGAAGUUCCAUUGGGUCAGGAUGACAGCGUCACUUUGAUUCACUGCCCAUCGAGCGUCGAGGACGAGGCAGUUAUCACCACGAGCGUCAUCAAUAUGUUGAGGAUGAUACCUGUGCGGACGCUCAUGCACACCAAGGACGGAUCUUCGACGCGCUUGGCGGGUGAGAUCAUCGAAAGGUGUAAAAAAGAAUCGAGUGGCGAGUGCCCUUUUGCGGCCAUCGCGGUCGAAUCCAUCGAUGAAUCUACGAAAGUUCUUGCCGAGACGGCUGGAUUCAGCGGUUCGACGUUCAUUGUCGCCGACAAGAGCUUCUGUCAAAAUUUCAUCGCACAGACCUUGGUAAUGGAGAGCGGUGAGAUGUUCAAUUUGUCUCCCGGCGGAAUCACCGUAUUUGAUAUGAACGGUGGCCCGAAGAAGGAUCCAGUUGCCGUGUGCAUCAAUCACAGGCUGUAUCUGCCAGCCUUCCGCCGGGACUUUAAUAUCGCGUAA